AUGCACAAAUACCGUCCGAUUCUGUACAUCUAUAAGGCAUACGCAACACCUGCUGUGCGUCUGGAUGGCUCUACAGUUAUCACUAAUCAGUAUCAGCUUGUGAAAACCUACAGCAGUGCAAUUAUGGAAUUCAUUGCCGUCACCGCAUAUCAGAAUCAGCGUAUCAUACAGAUGAAGAAAACGCACAACAGUUAUGCACGUGGCCAAAGAGGUGCUUCCUGUGGGAAAAUUUACGACACCGUAAGCAAUGGUGCGCAUAUCUAA